AUGGAAGGCAUCGUAAAAGUGGCAACUGCUGCAGUGACAACUGGAUUGAAUAGUGGCGUCGCAAAAUUAGUUGGUGACGGUAUUUCGCAAUAUCGGUUAUUGUCCAAAUAUCCAAAAAAUAUUACUGCAAUUGGAUUAACUCAAUGGGGAAGUUUGACAGAUGAGACAAGGAAUAGAUUAAAAAGAAUGCGUUCGCCGGUUGAUGCCACUGUGAACGUAUUAUCGUUGCAUGAUAGUGAGACGCUAGAAUGGAAUCAUACGCAUUUCAUCAUGUUUGACAAUGGUUGGUUAGGCGAUUACCUAAAUGAUUCUCCGCGGUCUGCGUUUAUCAAAGCUGCUGUUGAUGCUGAAGGCUAUUGUAAGUAUUUAGCGUAUUACAAAUUAGAGAUGCGCAGGGCUUAAAGUAGCGGGGUAGGGUAGGGACUUCAAAAACGUUUGAUGAGUAAGGUGAGAGCUGAAUAAAAAUCUUCAUUACACAUUUUUGUGGAACUUUGAAAAGCUUUUUACACAGUAAGGAGAAGGUCAGAAGGCUAUGGUUCCAUGGGCAUAGGUUAGGGUAGGAUCAGUGCUUGGACUCUAGAGGAUAGACUAGGUCUAGGGUUUAUAAAAUUUUCCUAGGGUUCGGCCAGGACUCAGAAAACCUUUACCCUGCGCGUCUCUAUUACAAAUGUAGAUGCCGAUCAUCGAUCAGUAAUUUAUAUGUAGGCUAUCCUAUCACUAUUAUCGUAGAAGGUGGAAAAAAUACUUUGGAGGUGGUCGAAAAUGAUCUGUCAGCACAGCGGCCGGUUGUUAUCAUACAGGUAUCUUGAUCACAAUGCUUUGUAAUAUGCUGAAAUUCUUUAUCGCUUUAAGGGUAGCGAAAAUAUGGCAGAUGUUCUUGCUAAUGUGAUGAACUUGACUUCCAAAAAAAGGUAACUAAUAAGUGGAACAGAUGAGAAUGGGAGCAUCAGAAUUAGGGGUGGCACAUUACUGUUACUUUUACGAGUAAUCCAAAUAUUGUAAAUAUUUCUAUUACCAGUAACAGUCAUACUUUCCAAUUUUACUGUUGCUGGUAAUAGGAAUGUUCAUAAAAUUUGUAUCAGCAACAGUAAAACUGGAAAGUAUGACUGUUACUGGUAAUAGAAAUAUUUACAAUAUUUGGAUUACUCGUAAAAGUAACAGUAA